AUGUUUAGACAGACUAAGAGACGCAUUACACAGCGUAGAAAUAACGUUCCGGGCGAUGAAAAUGCUUUGUCAGGCUAUAUCCACUCAGGCAUAUCUGUUUCAGAACUGCAAGCUCACUACGAUCUGCUAUACCCUGCAAAGCUCUCAUUCUACCAGUAUCCUCCGGAAGGAGAAAUUACCCUUGACCAGUUUGAAACAUGGGCAAUUGACCGGCUAAAAGUCCUCUUGGAAAUAGAGUCUCUGGCCCAGCGGAACAGAAGCACCAAGGAGAUGGAGCAGGUCAUUAAACCGCUGUUAACGAAGUACCUCCCGCUGUCAGAUGACCUCGAAUUGCGGAAAAAAGACUACUAUAGCCAUUUUAUCUUGCGCUUGUGCUUCUGCCGUACAAAGGAGCUUCGGGAGAAAUUCGCACAUGCAGAAACGCUACUGUUUAACCUGCGUUUCCAGAUGCUCACGCAAGCCGACCAGGCUAAAUUUAUCAGGAGUUUAGAUUUGCCCCUGCUUAGGUUCAUUGACGAAGCAGAAAAACAGGAGAUUGCAGCGCAGCUGUACGACGCAGUCGUCCCGCAGCUGCAAUUCCAGUUUGGUAUUUCAGACGAGCAGCAGCGCCGCCAAUUCUUUAAGCAGGAAAAGUUUAUUAAACUCCCGUUUGAGAGCGUGCUGGACCUAGUGGGGUCGCGGCAGGUAUUUGUUAAAGGCGGGUGGGCGUACUUGCCACAGUUCCAGCAGCUGAAGCACAUCUCGAACGAGUAUUCCGAUCGCCUAGCCGCGGAACUCUUGAGAACCUACCAACACCUACCGAAACUAAACGAGGACGACCGCCUACUACCAAUCUUGGCUCAUCUAUCCUCCGGUUAUAUGAUAGGUGAGCAUAAGCGUGACUAUAGCUCGAACGCAAAUGUAGAAGACGGCUCGAUCACCGCUACGACUGUCUACAGCCCGGAGGUUCGCUCCUGCUUCCCGCUAUGUGCCUCAAAUCUGUUGCAAGGCCUUUCCGACAAUCACCACCUCAGGUUCAAUGGCCGCCAGCAACUUUCGUUUUUCCUGAAGGGUAUAGGGAUGUCUGUAGACGAAGCCAUGAAAUUCUGGACCGACGCUUUUACGUCGGGAGGCUCAAUGACCCUUGAGAGAUUCAACAAGGAAUAUCGCUACAACUUCAGGCAUAACUACAGUCUGGAGGGUAACAGGAUUAACUACAAACCGUGGGAUUGUCGUACCAUACUGUCUAAACCACGCCCCGCAAAAGGCGAGUACCACGGCUGCCCGUAUAGGGACUGGAAUCCCGAUAAGCUGGCAACCCACCUGACCAAUAUGAAGCUAACACAUCUCGAGAUUAACUCCGUUCUAGACAGCUGCCAGCACAAUGAAUACACAGUAGCGUGCACCAAGGUCUACGAGUUUACAAAUCCUACGAACAAUACUCUGGAAGUCCCCAUCACCGAUCAGACUCAUAUUACGCACCCCAACCUCUUUUUCGAUAGGGCCCGUUGCCACCGAGACCCGCCCUCGUAG